UUGCAUCAAUUAUUAACGCUUUGUUUUAAUAAUCUUGCUCAUCCAUUUGAUAGUUUUCAAAGACGUUAUUUCUCUUUAUCAAUUUUACUCCUAAUGAGUGACCUGUACAGGAACCCUUCGGUGACCCAGUUUGAAUUUUCAACACUGGUUCCAGAUCAGUUGGCAAGGGGUCUGGUGUACGUGCUAUGGGACACUUUUGAGUCCAACAGAAUAAUAGCAAUUGAAUUAAUGAAAAUAUUUAAUAACAAAAAAGAAAUGUUCAGUGAUUUCGAUAUAAAAUAUCUCUCGGAUUUUUGCCAUAAAUUAAUCACGAGUCCAAAAUACAACAAUUGCUCCACUGGGUGUCAUUUAAUGUCACUAUUACUGACCAUUCACCCAACACAACUCGCAUAUAAUUUCACACUGAUUACUGGAACCCCUGCUAGGGGUCUUCCCCCUUCACUGACUUUGAUAGAAUCUCUAUUGAGUGUUCUGGAGGAUCACAUGACCCAAUGUAGGCGGAGCUUAGUAACAGGCUCUUUAAAUGCUCCGAUGUAUGGAGUAUUGCAAUCAAUUAAUGGAAUAUUGAAAUUAAUAAAUGUGGGCGGUCUGUCACCCCGUGACUUGGAGGAGUGUCAUGUAGUUAUUAAUAAACUAUUAAUGACUUGUACUGCCAUUAGUGCACUGGUUUCUCCAGUGGUAUGUAACAGCAGUCCUGAGGGUUUCAUACCAAACGAAGAACAAGAAACAGACGGUGGAGCUAGUUGUCAUGGAAACUCUCAAUCAGUCCUGUUAUGUUGCUGGCAUUGCAUGAAGGAGGUUAUUCAAAUAUUCACAACUUUAAUCAACCAAAAAAGAUCAGGAGAGGAGGAGGGAGAGGGAAAGAAAAAGAGAAAAGGAACAGCUGCUGUUUCCAUUGGAGGACUCCUAUCAAUUGAACAAGUUGAUUCAAUCAGCUCAGUGUUGAUACAGCAGUUGACGGAGGCUAGACAUCGUGGUGCUUUUGAAAUGGCUUAUGUUGGAUUUAGUUCAUUGUGUGAGUAUUUAUGGAACUCUUCUCUUCCGUCUCUCUCAUCAAGACCAGUUCAGUGGAUUGAAGAUCUCAUUGAUCUCUCAUCUUUACAAUCACUAACACAGACCAGGAGAAGCGCUGGACUUCCCUACUAUUGUCUGGCUAUUGUGACGACAGAGCCAAAAGUUAACUGUAAUAAAGGACUCAAAGAAUUAAUGACAGUUUUAUUGAAAAUAGCAUCAGGGGGCACUUCUAAUGAAGAGAAUAAUACAGAGGCCGAUCAAACAGCUGCUAUCCACUCCAUUAAUAUACUAAGAGGUCUAAUAAGAGAAUCAAAAUUAAGCGAAGCUGUUGUCCCUUUCAUUGCUCCUUCAUUAAUGAUUGCUCUGGAGGGAUUUAGCUCUAAAUCAUGGCCAGUUCGUAAUUCCUGCACUUUGUUGCUCAGUGCUUUAGUGUCACGUGUCUUUGGCGUCAUGAGGGGCCAGGACGAGAAUAAAAUGAGUACUAGAGAGUUUUUCACACGUUUUCUGUCGCUCCACGAGUUUUUGCUCGCAAAAUUGAAAGUUUCCGUUAAUAGGCUGGACCUUACUGAAGGAGACCGUUUGUUUCCAGUUUUGCUGAUCCUUUCUCGAUUGUUUCCAUCACAAUUUUUUGAUGAUAAUCCUCAAAUAUCACUGGUACCAUUCCAGCCAUACAUAUUGAAGGCAGCUGGAUCCCCAGUGUGGAAAUGUCGUGUUUUAGCAUCUCAGGCUCUCCUUCCUACUUUGUCUCCAUCCAGUGUAGUGGGUGUGGUCAAUGACAUUAUAGCUAAACUUAUAUUUAGUAACCAGAACCUGUUACAUGGUUCGUUACUGAGUAUAUCAGUUCUGUUAGGGCCUGAUGGGGCCAACGCUGGUUUAAUUAGUGUUUCAUUAAUUAAAAAUAUAAUUAAAGGAUUAUUAGAGAAACUAUGGAUAGGAAAAAGGAUUAAUAAAUGUUUAAUAACCCGUGGUUUAUUCAUUCACUGUAUCACACUCUGUCUCACUGGCUUAAGAUCUCAGACUGAUUCUGCUGCAUUAACGGAUCAUUUAUCAUCUCAUAUCAUUGAUUCCUUGAUUCUACUGAUCAAAAUCUGUCAGGACGAUUUGGCUUUGAACGACAACAAAAAUAACAAUUCGAUAUUACUCCAGUUCUCUAAUUAUCAGUAUUCUUAUAUUUCCGUCUUUCAGGAGUACUUUGGUAGUCGAGAAGAUCUGUUGUCACCUCUUAAAGUAGCGCUGUUGUCAUGGAAACUGCACCCCUUUGCAGAGAACAUGUACUUGUCCAUAAGAGAAGGAUUACUCAAUGACAAGUUAAGCAAUGAAGAAAUCACAAGUAUUGUAUCAGAGGCCAUUGAAGAGACUAAUAAUGAUAAUCAUUUUAGUUAUCAUCUUUUAUCAUGCUUGCCUGUGGACUGGUAUAAAGAUGAAGGAAACAAGCAUCUUGAUAUUAGCUGGCCUGAUUUCUUUAAAAAGAGAAUUUCAAAGCUAAUUAAUGAGCCACUACGAGAGGACGUUAAAGUCUCCAUUAUCAGUUGGUUCAAUACUGCAUUGAAACACUUGCUGUAUUCAUCUAUUAGUGAUUCUCUUCCUACAUUGUUGGAGUGUUUAUUUAGCUAUUGCAAUGAUAGUUCACCUGUUGAUAUCAGAAUUGAAGUAGCAAAAGUGUUAGGACAGAAAUGGACAGUUUUGCACAAUAUAGAGUCCUCUUCAGUACUGUAUUGGAGAAUGGUCUUUAUAUUAUUGCAUGAUGUUGAGGCUGAAGUAAGAUCAGCAAUGACAGUCACUGUACAACAGAAUAUCAUUAAAAGUGAUGGUGACUCAUCAAAGCUCGUAAUGUGCCAGCAAUUAUGCAUCAAAUCAUUGAUUGACUUUAUUGCUACACUUUACGAUCCUCUGACCUCGUUUUCACUAUUACUCUCUCUCUCAUCUUUGGAUUUUGAUUCUUCUCCCUCUCCUGAGUCUACCCCUAUUCCUACUAGUUCUGUCAGUUCACUUCUCUUUGAGGAAGACAGAUCUAACUCGUACAUUGAACCAGCACAACUGUUAAUGCACAUCUCUGUUGCUUUGAAAUCUUUAAUGGAGACAUUAGAUAUUGAAUCUUGCUCUUUAGCUGAGAAUAAGUUGCAAAAGCUAACAUCAAAUUUUAAACCUGUUGAUGGUUUAGAUGCCAAAGAGAUGUGGUUGGACAAUCUUGCCCUGAAUAAUUAUUACAGUUAUAUUUUGUCACGUGUUAAUGAGACUCCUCAAUAAUUUAUUAAUUGUAAUAUGUAUUUUUA